CUCCCCGCCCCGCGGAGCCGCGGCGAGCCGCGCCGGGAGGGUGAUACAGCGACAGGAAUGACGGUGAACACCCCGCUGUGCUUUAGAGGAAAGAAAAUCCUGGCUCCAAUGGUGCGGGUGGGGACACUGCCAAUGCGUCUGCUUGCUCUGGACUAUGGUGCCGAUAUCGUGUACUGUGAGGAGCUGAUUGACAUAAAGAUGCUGCAGUGUAAAAGGGUUAUAAAUGAAGUACUUGAAACAGUGGACUUUGUUGCACCUAAUGACAGAGUUGUUUUCAGAACUUGUGAAAGGGAGCGAGAACGUGUUGUCUUCCAAAUGGGUUCAGCAGAUGCUGAAAGAGCCCUGGCAGUAGCUAAGCUUGUAGAGAGUGAUGUGGCUGGUAUUGAUAUCAACAUGGGAUGCCCAAAAGAAUAUUCUACUAAGGGAGGUAUGGGAGCAGCACUGCUGUCUGAUCCUGACAAAAUAGAGUCUAUAUUGACCACCCUUGUUAAAGGAAUUUGUAAACCAGUAACCUGCAAAAUCCGCAUUUUGCCCUCAGUGGAGGAUACUGUGAAUCUGGUGAAGAGAAUAGAGAAAACUGGCAUUGCUGCCAUUGCAGUCCAUGGAAGGAAGAAGGAGGAGAGGCCUCAGCACCCUGUCCACUGUGAUGUUAUCAAGGCCAUAUCUGAAGCUGUCUCCAUUCCAGUAAUAGCAAAUGGAGGAUCUCAUGACUUCAUUAAGGAAUAUGCAGACAUUGAGACCUUCCAGAAAGCAACAGCUGCCUCAUCAGUCAUGAUUGCUCGUGCUGCCAUGUGGAACCCCUCUGUCUUCAGAAAAGAGGGGUUUUGCCCCUUGAAGGAUGUCAUGCAAGAUUACAUCAAAUAUGCAGUGAGGUAUGACAAUCACUACACCAACACUAAAUACUGCUUGUGUCAGAUGUUGAGAGAACAGUUGGAAACUACUCAGGGUAAGAAGCUGCACGCUGCACAGUCCACACAGGAGAUCUGUGAAGCCUUUGAAAUGAGUGACUUCUAUGAGGAAACCACAGCUAUUUUUGAAGCAAAAAAAACAUCUUUAGAAACCAAGACGCAAGAUGAAGAUGACCAAAUGGAAGAUCCAGAUGUAAUAAAAAUGGCUGUUAGAUUUGACAAGCGAGAAUAUCCACCACAAAUCACUCCAAAAAUGUAUCUUCUGGAAUGGUGUAGGAAAGAAAAGCAUCCUCAGCCUGUUUAUGAAACUGUUCAAAGACCACUGGAUAGAUUAUUCUGUUCAGUUGUGACAGUAGCUGAGCAAAAAUAUCGAUCAACUCUGUGGGACAAGUCCAAGAAACUGGCAGAACAGGCUGCAGCUAUUGUCUGUCUGAGAACACUGGGUGUCCCAGAGGGAAAACUCUGUGAGGGAGAAAAUCACCUGAUGAACAAACGCAAGAGGGGGGACCAGGAGUGCUUGAUUAGCAGAGACCAUGGAGAGGAUCUUGCCGAGCCUUCCCAUAAAAAAGCCAAUUUUAUUGAAGAAACUUCUGACAUGAAUGUGCCGAAGAUGCCACGAUAGCAUGGAAUUAAUGGAAAUUAGAGAUUUCAUGUCUAUGCAGCUACAAAUGAGCUCCUGUUUGUAUAUCUUGCUGUUCACAUUUCAUUUGGAUUCUCUCAGAGACAUAAAUUUCCCAGUUGUGCAAAAUGCCACUGAGAUGUUUACUGUUCACCAUUCACUGUCCCUAUGGUGCCUUUCAGAUGAUAAUUAGGAACUUGAUUUUAAAAAACAUGGAGAAGGUAAUCCCAAUAAUAAACUUUUUUAAAAUAUCAGGUAUUUUCAAAGCAA